GGGGAACACAAUAAAUCAACGCAAUCAAGAUGGCGUCAGUGGCUCCGUCUCAGAACAGACGUCAUGGACACAGGCUAGGCUACCGCUGCACGGAAGGCGAGUGGCACACACCAAACGGCGCCACACGUACGUCAGUCAGGAUUAUAGCAUCUGCAGCACCUCCAGCUCGUCAGCCACGAAGUUGAGCGAGCCGCCCAAUACUGCAAUGUCAUCCUGCCUUUCUCCCGUGUAGCCCUCAGGCACUUCGGCGCUGGAGGUCCACUGAUGGCAGCUGCGGAUGUCCUCGGCCGGCCGGCCACUGCGACCACCAUCGCCCAGAUACAGAUGCCCACCGAUGAACACACUCGCCCCACCCACAGCUCCCUCCCUCCCAACCGCACCCGCCCACUGCUGCCGUUCGUCGUUGAUCUCGAUCUUGGUCGGCUUGGCGAAGUGGCCGGCCAAUGAAAACCACCAGACACCACAGUCGUAUACACUGCGGCUGGUCGGGUUCUGGGCUCGUGUAGGCCGCCGCUGAUGAAGGCGCCGAAGACGUAGCGGCCCUUGCGGAUGAUGAACACCAGGCGCAGCUUGUCACCCACACACCGCAGCAGAUCGUCAUAUCCCGUACCGUCACGCGAUGCCCUGAGCUCCACCAUGACACAAGGACGGACGCACACUUGACACGCCAGCCGCAGAUGUGAGUGUACGUGUGUGUACCUGUAGAUGAGCGUGAGUGACGCGCCGCCCAGCCACUUGGCGAUGUGCGCCACAUCCGACAGGCCGAUGGAGCUCCCGCCGAUAGCCCAGGCACGGGCAGCCCUGGACAGCAAAGCAACACAGCGAGUGCCGUGCCCGCAGGGCCGUGUUGCAUCUGUGAGUGUGUUCCUGGAUGUGCCUGCAGAGCGGACAGACGCCAUUGCGAGGGCCGUAGCCAAUCCGCUGCACAACGCACUGAAGGAGAACCAGCACACAUACAGUAGCUAACCGCCACGCAUCCAGUGAUGUGCUCCAUCACUCACGUCCAUACACAGUGAACAGCCUGACGGGACACAGAGGACACCACACACACACCAGCCGCCUCGGUGAAACGCUUGCGUGCCUUUCCCUUCGUCUGUGGCUGACCUUCUAGUGUGAGCAUCUGUGACCCGCUUUGUUGGCUGCCCGGCGUGUCAUCGCUAACACCACCACCACCACCACCUUCCUUUUUGCAUAGGCCGCUGCACUUGGGCACGCCGGCAGAGGGAGUACUCGGGAGGCCGCAAAUGCGGUUGCGCGUACACUGAAAAUGGAACUUGUGACCUGCAGUCAUCGCUCAAUGCACACUCAACUGCACUCGUAGUCGCUUUCGUUUAUGGUAUGGCUCACUGACCGCAUGGCUGCGUGUCGUCGGCCUUGGCUGGUGAUUUGCUAUCAGUGACGGCAGCAGCAGAGGAUGGUGAGGGCGCCAUCGCCGCACGGGAACGAAUCAAACACGCCUGCAGCGACAAACACACACAGACAGGGACGGUGAAUGGAUAAGACUUCGAGACGAAGUAUGGGUGUAUCAGACAGUGCUGAUUCUGACUCGUGAGGCUUCGUCGCAACAGAUCUGGUGCUGAUCUCUUCACC